AUGAUAUAAGACAAACUUAUAUUCUUGAAUGAGGAAAAAUAUUUAUAAUAGUAAUAGGCAUCUUUAGAGAUUGCAGAAGAGAAUGUAAAGCAUUUAAUUAAAAAACUUAGAUUCUUAAGGAUGAUAGAACCACUUUGAUGCUCAAAAAUAUACCAAGAAGCAUGAAGCCAAAUGACUUGAGAAAUAUUUUAAAUAAAGAAUUUCGUAAUCUCUAUGAUUUUUUCUAUUUACCUUUGGAUAACAAUGUAUUUCUAAUUUAAUAUUUGAAGAAUGAAGGUCAUUUGGGAUAUGCUUUUGUAAAUUUUAUCAAUCAGGAUGUAGUAUUAAAGUUUUAUAGAACAUUUAAUAAUUAAAAAUGGACUAAUACAGAGAAAGUAUUUCUAAUUUUAUUAAUUGUAGUAAAUUUGUCAAUUGAAAUAUGCAAAAUUAUAGGGAAGAAGACAAUAUGAAUUUGCAAGAUGA